GCGAGGUAGAGACUCAUUAAUUAUAACUCAUGCCCAAUACAAUCACAAUUCCUAACUAGUUCUUUCUUCUUCUUCCUUUUCUUUUUCCUUCCCACUAUAGUCUUAAACCGACCUCCAAUUUGGACCCCACCUGCCACAUCUACCCCCUCGCCCUUCUUCUGCCCUCAGACGCCACCAUUCUAACCCACCUACCACCCCCACCUCUCCUUAAUAACUCUCUUUCACAUCACCUUCCCUUCCAAUUUUCUCGUGCCUUCUCUCUCUCUCUCUCAUUUUUUUUUAUUGCUUUUUCCUAGACUAGAUAUAAAGAGAUAUAUAUAACAAUUAUUGCAUUUUAUCUGUAUCGAUUGCUAUUUCAUUCUAUCCCAAAAUCUCAUCUUGUUUGUAAGCCAUUUUGAAUUGAAUUAUAUUAACCAAAGUUCAAGAGCCAAAAGUGAGAAAAUAUGAUUUCCGUAGCUAACAAUUCCUCCAUUGAAACCCAACAACAAACUCCGGCGGAGAGAAUCUCUCCCAACGACAAUUCUAGUACUACAACUGCUAGUCAUGUUUUCAAAUCCAAAUUACCAGACAUCACCAUCUCCAACAACAUCCCUCUCCACGCAUACUGCUUCGAGCGCUUGUCGGAGUUCGCGGACAGGCCAUGUAUCAUCUCUGGCUCCACCGGCAAGACCUACACUUACGCCGAAACCCACCUCAUCACCCGAAAGAUCGCGGCAGGACUCGUUCGUCUCGGUGUCAAGAAAGGAGACGUCUGCAUGAUCCUCCUCCAGAAUUGCCCCGAGUUCGUCUUCUCCUUCAUGGCGGCUUCCAUGAUCGGCGCCGUCGCCACCACCGCCAAUCCUUUCUACACCGCAGCCGAGAUCUGCAAACAAUUCACCCUCGCCAACGCCAAGCUCAUCAUCACCCAAUCCCAAUACGUCGACAAGCUCCGCGACGCCCCCGCCGCGGCGGACGACAAGAAGCUCCCGAAAAUGGGAGAAGACUUCAAGGUCAUCACCGUCGACGACCCGCCGGAGGAUUGCCUACACUUCUGGUCACUACUCCUGAAAAGGAAUAAAAAGAAAACGGAAACGAUCCAAGAUCAGUCUGAAGAAGAAGAAGAUGAUGAUGAUCAAUUAUUAGAUGCGAUAAAAAUCAGCGCGGACGAUCCAGUGGCACUCCCAUUCUCCUCCGGAACCACGGGGCUGCCCAAGGGAGUCAUCCUAACUCACAAGAGUCUGAUAACGAGCGUGGCUCAGCAAGUCGACGGAGAAAACCCUAACCUCCAUCUGACGACACAGGACGUGUUUCUAUGCGUUCUGCCGCUGUUCCACAUAUUCUCGAUGAACAGCGUGAUGCUAAACUCGCUCCGCUCCGGCGCAGCGGUGCUGCUGAUGCAUAAGUUCGAGAUCGGGGCGUUGCUGGAGCUGGUACAGAAGCACCGGGUAUCGAUAGCGGCGGUGGUGCCCCCGCUGGUGCUGGCGCUGGCGAAGAACCCGAAGGUGGCGGAAUACGAUCUCAGCUCCAUUCGGAUUGUGCUCUCCGGGGCGGCUCCGCUGGGGAAGGAGCUUCAGGACGCGCUCAGGAGCAGAGUUCCUCGGGCAAUUCUUGGCCAGGGUUAUGGAAUGACUGAGGCAGGACCAGUGAUAUCAAUGUCGUUGUCGUUUGCAAAGCAGCCAUUUCCACCCAAGUUAGGCUCAUGUGGUUGUGUGGUUAGGAAUGCAGAGCUCAAGGUUAUUGACCCUGAAACUGGCUCUUCUCUUGGCUACAACCAGCCUGGAGAGAUUUGCAUUCGAGGAUCCCAAAUUAUGAAAGGGUAUUUGAACGAUGACAAGGCCACGGCGGGCACCAUAGAUGUUGAGGGCUGGCUUCAUACCGGUGACAUAGGUUACGUUGACGAUGAUCAAGAAAUUUUCAUUGUUGAUAGAGUUAAGGAGCUUAUCAAAUUCAAAGGUUUUCAGGUACCACCAGCUGAGCUUGAGUCUCUUCUUGUAAGCCAUCCUUCAAUAGCAGACGCAGCUGUAGUCCCGCAAAAAGACGACGCCGCCGGCGAAGUUCCCGUAGCGUUUGUCGUUCGAUCUAACAGCGGUCUUACAGAAGAGGCUGUAAAAGAAUUCAUAGCAAAACAGGUGGUGUUUUACAAGAAAUUACACAAGGUGUACUUCGUCCAUGCAAUUCCAAAGUCCCCAUCUGGAAAGAUCCUAAGAAAGGAUCUAAGAGCCAGGCUUGCUACAGCUUCCCCUUUGAGCUAAGAACAUUAUUUAUUUGGACUUGGGUUUGAUUGUGUUGUGGGAAAAAAAAAAGGACAUUAAUUUUGAUGUUCAAUCAGUAAAGUCAUAAAAUUUGUAUUCAGAGAGUCACAAAUAAUUAAUUUGACGCGAAUGUGGUUAUUCGAAGAUCAAA